CCCCCCCUUUUUCUUUUCUUUUCUUUUUCCUUGGAGUCUGUCUCCGCUCUCUUAUCGGGGACCCUUGCCAAAACUUUUGAAAUUAUUUGGAGAUUUGAUUUGCGACACCGAAGAGGACGGACUUGAGCGCGGGUUGACCAUCGGUAAAGACGCAACGCAACGAGGACAAAGUCCCAACGACAAACACGCUGGAGGUCGCGCGAAGAGGGUUUUUCGGACGUGGGAAGUCUCCGCCCUGGAGAUUUCUGGUUCGGAGAGGCUACGCCGGCAUGGCUUCCCCCCAUUCCACCACUGCGACAGCGCCAGUUGCUGCUGAGGCUGUGGCGGCCACGGCUGCCACCACGACAGUCAAACCAAAGCUUCAUGGACGGGCAUUUUACGAGAGCAUAGGGAGCCCCAAGUUUGUGGUUGCUCCCAUGGUCGACCAAUCUGAAUUUGCUUGGCGCAUGCUUACCCGCUCCUUCAUGACACCAGCAGAGAACUCAAAGCUGCUGGCUUACACUCCCAUGUUCCAUGCCCGACUCUUCGAGGAAGUCGACAAGUACAGGCAGACGCACUUUCAAGCAAUCCGACCCCUGCCACCAGCCAAGAAAGGCGAGUCCGACCCCGAGCCCGAGUCCAAGCCGUCUGCCGACACGACGCCAUGGCUGGAUGGAAACCCUUCAAUCGAUCGACCUCUUUUCGUGCAGUUCUGCGCCAACGAACCCGAUCAUCUGUUAGCUGCGGCCCAACAUGCUGCCCCUUACUGCGACGCCGUAGAUCUGAACCUCGGCUGUCCCCAAGGCAUUGCGAGGAAGGGCCACUACGGUGCUUUCCUGCAGGAAGAUCAAGAUCUCAUCUACAGGCUGGUCAACACUUUGCACCUGAACCUAUCGAUACCAGUCACGGCCAAGAUCAGGAUUCUCGAGAACAAAGAGCAGACACUUGCAUAUGCUAAGAAUGUCCUGUCGGCUGGCGCCAGCAUCAUCACAGUACACGGUCGGAGGAGAGAGCAGAAAGGCCACCUGACUGGCGUCGCUGACUGGAGCUAUAUUCGCUAUCUGAGGGAGAACCUCCCGGCUGAGACGGUCAUCUUCGCGAAUGGCAAUAUUCUCCAGCCCGGUGAUGUUGAGAAGUGCCUGGAGGCCACGGGAGCCGACGCCGUCAUGAGCGCCGAGGGCAACCUGAGUGAUCCCUCCAUCUUUGCCGCAUUGCCAGAUCCUGGAACAGAAACUCGGGAAUACUGGCGCGGCAAAGACGAUAAAGGCGGUUACCGGGUCGAUGCCGUCUUCAGGCGGUACAUGGAUAUCACAUAUCAAUAUGUCUUGCAGACAGCUCCGCCGGCAAGGAGGCCCCUGUUCGUGGUUGGCGACGACGAGAGCUGGCUGCAACCGGCCAGGGCUGAAGAAGAGCAAGAGGAGGAAGGUCCCCAAAAGAAGAAGAGGAAGAUCAAGGCGGACGGCCCUAAACAAAAGCCCAAGCAGUGCUGUGAUCCGAACCUGCUGGCCAUGCGACCUCACUUGUUCCACCUACUAAGGCAUUUUGUCGCGAAAAACGUGGACAUCCGCGAUGCCCUCGCCAAAGCACGGCCUGGCGACGUACCAGCUUUCGAGCACGUGCUUCAGCUUGUUGAAAAAAGAGUUGCCGAAGGCCUCAUUGAGUACGAGAAGACGGGCGGGAAGAGCCUCGAGGAGCACAAGCUCGAGAUCAAGUCAGCGCCCGUUGAGGCACAGACUAACGGGAAUGCCGAUGGAGCGGAGCUGGGGUACGACCCCGAGAGCUCCGUGGCCACGGUGAAGGCAUGCAAGAGGGCGUGGUGGGUUGCUCAGCCGAUCGUGAGGCCGCUCCCGGCUGAGGCCAUGGCCAAGGGUGCCCUGAGUCUGAGCAAGAAGGACAAGAAGAAGAUGGAGCAGGAACAGGCCGAAUUGGAAAAGACCAAGAGCCAAGGUGGCGGCAUCGCGCAAGAGCUACCCAUACCAGACGGCACAAACGGGAUCAAGGAGCCCGUGAUGGAUGAGAACCAGAAGGGACUCGUCGAUGAUGCCUUGGUUUGUGGAUGAGCUAGGCACGAAUGUAAACGACGAAACUCACAUUAGUAAAAAACAGUAAAAAUUCAUUCUUAGCCUUGAUGCGAAUUACAAGU